UGCAAGGCAACUAGUCGCGCAGACAUCACAGGCAUUAGCCUAUCACAUUUUCACUGAGUGACAGUGACACCAAGAGGAAACCAUCUGAAGAGUUACAACCUACUGCCAAACAGUCGUGUACGCAUUGGACCAUUUCAAACCACCAGCAGCAACUCAGACCUGUAUAGCCGCUGCUGGGACUCCGCACCGCAGACGCCUUCGGUGUCGGAAAAUGUGUCUUCUCACUCGGCUGACCUCCAGCCCAGACCAAAAGCCACCGGAGAGAGUGUGCAACUCCUGCCCAUGAGAUGCAUCUCCAAGCGGGGCGUCACAAGCGCAGACGACCUCCGUCGUGGAUAUGGACAAGGUUUGACCGGGUUUGGCUCGCUGCCAUGACGGUUGUGAUGUGGAUACAGAUGAGACCGCUCCAAGCAUUUCCGACCACUUCCCUCAGCCACUGUCAGACUCCUACCGGCUGGAACUGCUCUGAUUCAGAGGAGAGGGACUUCCAGUGUGACACAGACUCCUGUCAGUAUGAUGGGGAGUGUCGAAAGAUAGCAGAGACCAUGACCUGCGUCUGUGACUUUAAGUGUAGUGCAGAUUAUUCCCCGGUGUGUGGUUCCAACAAUCACAGGUAUCAGAAUGAGUGUUUUCUGAGACGGGAAGCCUGUCAGCUUCAGACGGAGAUACACACUGCAUCUCUGGGUCCUUGUCCUACAGACGCUGGUUCAGGAUCAGGUGAUGGUGGUGAAGGUGUUUCUCUCCCAGAGAGUUCUGGAGAGGCUGGUGUGGUACAGAGGGACUCGUCCUGUGAGAUGUGUCAGUUUGGAUCGGAGUGUGACGAAGACGCAGAAGAUGUAUGGUGUGUGUGUAACAUCGACUGUUCCCACAUCAGUUUCAACCCUGUGUGUGCUUCAGAUGGCCGUUCCUAUGACAACCCCUGUCAGGUAAAGGAGGCUUCGUGUCAGAGACAGGAGAGGAUCGAGGUCACACACCUGGGCCACUGCCACGGGAAGGGGCCGAGGGACCUGUACAUCCCCUGUCCUUCCCGCUACAGGAACUACUGUCUCCAUGGAGACUGUCAAUACCCUGACAACCUAGGCCCGCCCUCCUGUAGCUGUCAUGCAGGGUUCAGCGGGCCCCAGUGUGAGCAGAAGGACUACAACGUUCUGUUUGUGGUUCCAGGAUCUGGAAAGAUCCGCUAUGUUCUCAUCGCCUCCGUCAUCGGAGCGCUGCAGAUCACCAUUAUCACCCUGGUGGUGCUGUGUGUCACAAGGAAGAGCCCUGGGAAGAAGAGGAAGUCUGUCCAGAAGCAGAGUGGGGCUCUGUACGAUACAGACAGCACGCUCCGCACUGCUACUCUUCACAUCUGACACACCACAUUAACAGUUGAAGUCGGAAGUUUACAUACACCUUAGCCAAAUACAUUAAAACUCUGUUUUUCACAAUUCCUGACAUUUAAUCCCAGUAAAAGUUCCCUGUCUUAGGUCAGUUAGGAUCACCACUUUAUUUUAAGAAUGUGAAAUGUCAGAAUAAUAGUAGAGAAUUAUUUCUUUCAGCUUUUAUUUCUUUCAUCACAUUCCCAGCGGGUCAGAAGUUUACAUGUACUCAAUUAGUAUUUGGUAGCAUUGCCUUUAAAUUGUUUAACUUGGGUCAAACGUUUUGGGUAGCCUUCCACAAGCUUCCCCCAAUAAGUUGGGUGAAUUUUGGCCCUUCCUCCUGACAGAGCUGGUGUAACUGAGUCAGGUUUGUAGGCCUCCUUGCUCGCACAGGCUUUUUCAGUUCUGCCCAAAAAUGUUCUAUGGGAUUGAGGUCAGGGCUUUGUGAUGGCCACUCCAAUACCUUGACUUUGUUGUCCUUAAGACAUUUUGCCACAACUUUUGGAAGUAUGCUUGGGGUCAUUGUCCAUUUGGAAGACCCAUUUCCGACCAAGCUUUAACUUCCUGACUGAUGUCUUGAGAUGUUGCUUCAAUUUAUCCACAUAAUUUUCCCGCCUCAUGAUGCCAUCAAUUUUGUGAAGUGCACCAGUCCCUCCUGCAGCAAAGCAGCACCAGAACAUGAUGCUGCCACCCCCAUGCUUCACGGUUGCAGGACUGUUAGUACUGUAAUGUAAUAUCUAUAGGCUCAGAUGGACCUCCACAUGGAAACAUGAUGAUUAUGUUACCCUUUUUCAGUCUUGUGAAUAAAUCAUUUAUACCACC